UGUUCUAUUGUUUGUUGUUGUGAUGUGAUAUCGAACAAUAUACGUUAAUUGAAAAUGGGAGAUCGCAGUAUAUUAUUUUUUUACGUCAUUAUAACUACGUAUCUGCGGGUGAAUCAUGGAUGCUCGAUAGAUGGAAUCCCAAAUUGGUUCGUGCCUGUAAAUCAACGAAUACUAGACACGGACAGUGGUAUCAUUUACAGAAGAUCAACUUCAGGCAUAGAAGAUUUAAUCGGUGUUACACAUAGAACAGAAGGCCUCAACGGAGGACCUUACGUCGAUGUGUCACUAGCGAAUUCUGAGCUUACUAUUUCGACACUUGAUAAUUUCAAAACAUACGAGGAAAUUGAAACCGCACUGUCCAUUGGUUUUACGGCAAUGUUUCGAUGCACUGAUGGUAGCUCAAGAAUUUUGGUUUUUAAUAUAGAUAUAACCGACACCAACAAUAACGACCCUGUUUUUAAACCAACAAACAGUUAUGAAAUCACGUUAGCACCUCCAGUCCCGCCGAACUUUUUACUUACUAACUGCAUAAAUGACAUAAUCGUCAGGGAUAUCGACUUAACAACGGAAAGGAUUGACUUUGCAUUAGAAGGGAGCCCAUUAUUUGAAAUAGCAUACGAUAAUUCAUCUACGGUACCAAAGGAGUUCAAGGCGACUUUGAGAACUACAACAUUUAUUAGAUCAAUCCCUGAGGCGAUAACUUUCACAGUCACAGCCACGGACGUAGAUAGAACUGGUGAUAGUCGAAGAACAGCAACUGCUACGGUUAAAGUUUUAGCAGACAGCCAAUUCGAGUUGCCCGACGAGCCAAUUUUCUCGCAACCCUUCUACAUAGCAAACUAUACAAAAGAACAUGAGUUCAUCCUACAAGAUUCCAUUUAUCUCCGCCAAGGUUACGACAGUGGAGUUAAAUUUAGUUUGGACGGACAAUUUUCUGAAAAUUUCAAAUUAGUUGCUACUGGGAACCAAAUAACCUUCACUGUUACAACUUUAUUGCCCGAUGAAGCGUUUCAACAAAGAGAAAUCUAUCUCACAGUUAUAGCGGAGAGAGAUUACACAAGUGGGGCGAAUGCUAUGAUCGUUCUACAGCUACCUGGAGAUACCGAGGCGGCAUUUAAUAAAGUGCUUUAUAAUGGGAAGCUCGAAGAUGGCGUAGUAUCUCACGAAACGAUCACUGUAUCAGGAUACGAUGGCGCGAACAUACAAAUUAUUGGAGCCCAGGAGUCUUCAUUCGAAGUCGAUUUUUUAAAUGGCGUUGUAACAAUACACAAGGCCCCGUCGGCGAUUCUCCCAGUCGGACUCACACACAUCGCGUUGACGCUUCAAGCGAGCCGCGCUAGCGCUGUGCUUUUGCUAGAUAUCACUGAUACAGAAUCAGAAACUAAAGAGACAUUUAGUAAAGUUCUUUACAAAGGAAAUCUGGAAAAUGGAGAGGUGUCUCACGAAACGGUUGCUAUAUCCGGAUACGAAGGCACUAAUGUACAAAUUAUUGGAACUUACGAGUCUUUAUUCGAAGUUGAAUAUUCGAAUGGCAUUGUCACGAUACGCAAAGCCGCGUCUGCGGUGCUCCCAGUCGGACUCACGCAUAUCGCACUGACGCUUCAGGCGGGCCGUGCUAGUGCUGUUCUUCUGUUAGAUAUAACAGAUUCAGGAUCAGAAAUCGAAGCGACAUUUAGUAAAGUUAUUUAUGAUGGGAAACUCGAAGAUGGCGUGGUAACUCACGAAACGAUUACGAUAUUCGGAUACGACGGCACGACUGUACAAAUUAUUGGAGCCUACCAGUCUUUAUUCGAAGUUAAUUUGUCGAAUGGCAUUGUAACGAUACGCACAGCUGAGUCUGCAGUGCUCCCAGUCGGGCUCACGCACAUCGCACUAACACUCCAAGCGGGCAGAGCUAGCGCUGUCCUUUUGUUAAAUAUCACUGAUACAGAAUCUGAAACUAAGGCAACAUUUAGUAAAGUACUUUAUAAUGGAGGGGUCAAAAAUAGUGUAGUAUCUCACGAAACAAUCACUAUAUCCGGAUAUGAUGGGACGAGUGUACAAAUUAUUGGAGAUUACGAGUCUUCAUUCGAAGCUGAUUUAUCGAAUGGCGUUGUGACUAUACGCAAGGCUGCAUCUGCGGUGCUCCCAGUCGGACUAACCCACAUCGCGCUGACGCUUCAGGCGGGCCGCGCUAACGCUGUACUUCUGCUAGAUAUCACAAAUUCAGAAGAUACUGGUCCACCAACGGUGACAUUUAGUAGAACGUCAUAUUUCUUGUGGGCGGAUAUAAAUCAAUAUGGAGUGGUUGGGAGAGUGCAAGCUACUGCGGAAAACGGUGAAACGAUCUCGUACUCUCUUCAUAUUGAUGACGAUGAUAAUCUUCGACAGCUAAUUUCAAUUAAUAACGAGGGUGAAAUCCUGCUGUCAGCUGCAGUCCAAUCAGGCGUAUACAGUUUUAUCGUAACUGCCACUGCCGAAAAUAGCCGAGUUAAUGCAACCGCUUCGGUAUUGCUGCGAGUUGAAGCUCUACCAGAGUGUGGCACCGAAAUUGGUCUACCACCGUUAAUAGUAUUAGAAAGAACAGAGGAAGAACCACAUAAAAACUUAGUUGCCUUAAAUAGAACUUUGUACAAAAAUUGCCGAUAUAAUCUUUUAAACAGCUGGCCAGCGGAUCAAUCAUGGCUGUAUGUCGACGAAGAAGGCUUGCACGCGAAGGCCAUCGACCGGGAGCACGAAUCAAUCGCCUUUAUGACUUUAUCUCAGAUUCAAGUAGAGCUAAUACUUCAAUGCGACAGUGAUGAAGUGUCGGUCACUAAGCGUUCAUUAAACACAGAGAGACUUCAACAAGGGCCUGAUAAAUAUGGCUCUAACAAAUGGAUCCUAGCCGACACUAUUGUCUACGAUGCGAGACGCAGCUUUGUGAAUCUAAUCGUUACUGAUAUUAACGAUAAUAAACCCAUAUUUGAAGGAAAGGAAAAUGAACCAGUAUAUGUCGGAUUCCCAGUUCCCGAACUCGAAGACACGAUAUUACCACGAGCUUUGACGCAACUAAAGGCGACAGAUGCAGAUAUUGGAGAGAACGCAGCUCUAAUAUAUUGGAGUAUAGAAGACAAUCUUGCCGUGGCGCCGCAGACUGGUUUUGUACACGUGCGCAAUAAAGCGCGCCUAGAAAAUAAUUCUCGACUUACUGUAUAUGCGACCGAUCUGAAUGGAAAAGGUCUUAACGGAUCGUUGGACAUUGUGGUAAAAUUACUAACGAAAAAUCAAAUCGCAGUUAUAACUGUCCAAAACGCAUUCUUAGACGAUGAAGAUACCGUAUUAAAUGACUUGAGUGAAGCUAUUGGAUACGAAAUAAAAGUGCUAAGGACAGUCGUAAUAUCGGAAAAUAAUGAAGGUUCUUCGAGAAAGAGACGCGAUGUUGAAAGUAAUUCUGGUGCAUAUUUGCAACUCUACGUGUAUGGAUUACGGGAAAGUCAGCCAGUUGAUGUGUUACGGCUUACACGUGAUAUACAUAACAGUAACGUUGCGACCGUAAACGUAGCCAGGGUAUUAUCACUUGAAGAUCAUCUUGAAGGUCUCGAGAUAUGUCCGAUUCCGGGACGUGACACUGGUCUGUUCGUAGCCACCAUAGUUCUAGCUGUACUGCUUCUCAUAGUAAUUGUAGUGAUUUUUGUCUGGUUUAUCCUGAUUAAGAAAUUCCAGAUACACUUGAAAUGGAGAAAAAAUGAAAACUAUGAACAAUUUAACGAUUCUAAUAGUGUAGAGUCUCGAAGUAGUGCAUUGGAAUCACUUCCAAAAGUAGAAAUUCAACCGAAACCAAGACUCAAUAUAGAAGAGUUAAAGCGGAGUGAACGAAGACUCCAAGAAAUGCUCGAUAUUCCCGUACAAGAAUUUGAACCGGUUAAACCUGUAAAUGAUGUAAAAGAGGUGACCAAUGAGCUUCAAGGUGAAACAAUACUUGAUAUACCUAAUCUUAUUUCACCGUUACCUAUAGUUAUACAAUCAAUCGAUAAGUUAAAAACCGACAAUGAUGAAUCAGAAGAUGAAGACGAAUUUGGUGAAAAAAAAAAAGAAAAACCACGAAAAUCAGUUGUUACAUUUAACGAAAACGUUGAAAAAAUCAUUCAUUUAGAAGAUGAUUACGAAGAAAGGUCGGAAUCUGAUUUGGAAGUUUAUAAAUUUUAAAUAUCUUUACUAUAAACUAAAGAAAAAAGAAGCUUUUUUAUAUUUUAAAACAUGUAUAUAUAUUUUUAUUCAAGCAAUACUCAUGUGAUUUUUUUUAACUUGAUUUUUUUUUAUUAGUUGUUUAUUUUAAAUAAAAAUAAAAUGUUCCUACACCGGUAA